UCGAAACCCCCCCCUUCUCUUCUCUCUUCCUUCUCUCUCUCUCUCUCCCUCUCUGUCACCGAUUUGAAACUUUUCCUGAGAGCAAGCGAUCUUGGUCUCUCACGUCAGUUUAUCUGAUCGCCCAGAUCUCCCUGGUCGGAAAGGAUUUGAUAUUGGGGUUCUUGGAGUAACGUUAUAGCUCUCCAUUGUGGCCUUUUCUAUAUGAUGCGUCGGAAUCACAAGCGUGGGGAGAUCUGGUCCACAGCUUAUCUUCACCGAUCAGUGAUUGAUGGGAAGUGUGAAGAGAAAGAGUGCAGCGAGAGCCGAAACUGGCCCUUCUGCCACCGUCCAAGAUGGUAGAGUUGGGAGUUCUUCCGCAGCGACUCCAGAUGGAAUGGGUGAAGCUUCAAGUUCUACCUCACUCUUAGAUGGGAGUGAUUGUGACUUUCUAAGGCAACAACAGGCUCUGCAUGGAAGGAUAACUGGCCCAAAAAGGAGAUCAACUAAAGGGCAGUGGACUCCUGAAGAGGAUGAAAUUCUAUGCAAUGCUGUGCAUCAUUUUCAUGGAAAAAAUUGGAAAAAGAUAGCGGAAUGCUUCCCAGAUAGGACUGAUGUGCAAUGUCUGCAUAGAUGGCAGAAGGUUUUAAAUCCUUCGCUUGUUAAGGGACCUUGGUCCAAAGAGGAAGAUGAAAUUAUUGUUGAAAUGGUGAAGAAACAUGGACCGAAGAAAUGGUCAACUAUUUCGCAAGCUCUGCCUGGACGCAUUGGGAAGCAAUGUAGAGAGAGGUGGCACAACCAUCUUAAUCCUACGAUAAACAAGGAUGCAUGGACCCAAGAAGAGGAGAUGGCCCUCAUUCAAGCUCAUCAAAUUUAUGGAAACAAGUGGGCAGAAUUGACAAAGUUUUUACCUGGCAGGAGUGACAAUUCAAUAAAAAACCACUGGAACAGUUCAGUCAAGAAAAAAUUGGAAUCAUACAUGGUUCAAGGUCUGAUUGGAAGGUACCCAGGUUUAACCAAUGUGAACUCCUCUACUUCAAGAAUCCGGAAGAAGAAUCAUGAUGGUGGCUUAAAAGAAAGACCUGACAUGGAAGAUUCCUCUGAAUGUAGCAGUUCGGCUUUGGUAGCUUCUUCCCAAUCUGAAUGUGAAAUGGCAAAACCAGUUGUAGGGGAGGAUGCCAUCAAAGAGGAGGCCAUGGAUUCACAUUUACCAGUUUGCUCCAGUGAAUAUUAUGGCUCAGUUGAAAAAAUGAUCUGUGAUGACGUGCCUUCUGAAGUCCAUUCAACUGGAAAUUUGUUACCAAAAGAUGAAGGAUCUGCAACUGAGAUUAAGAAACCUUCCGAGACCGAUUCUAAUGACAACGACCAUGAGAAUAAAGAUAUUUUGUUCCAUAAACCAACACCAUUGGAGACCUCUACCUCUGGCGCUGGAUCAGGAUUUGAGAAUAAGGAUAAAACCUGGAUCUCUCUACAUAAUGGGUGCAGUUCAAACCUUUUUGAUUCUGUAACGACCUUGGGUAUGGAGAAUUUGGACUGUGCUGCUGCUUUGAGUUACAAAUCUGCUAUUCACAGAUCUGGAACUUCUAUGAAUUUUGUUCCUUUUUCAUACCCCAUCUUUCCAGUAAAUACAUCGCAUGUUUAUGGAAUUCCGUGUUUUCAAAAUUUGACAACUGUUCCCCCAUCUUUUAUUUGCCCAAGUGCUAGUGUUGAGAUCCAGGAUACAUCUUGGAGGCUGCAAAAUUCUGGAGCUGUUGCAGGCUUAUUCAUUGGUGUUCCUAAAUCUGGUUGCCCUGCUGCUCUUGUUCCUGAAGCGAGUUCUUUAAUUCAUGAGACUAUAGACCAGCAACUAGAGAGUGUAGUCCAGGAGCAGGAGAAACUAAGUAUAGAGGAAACUCUAACAGCGACAGAUUGUUGUGACAAUGUGAGCAGGAAUCUCUCUCUUAUUAAUGAGGAGAAAGUAGAGCAAGAAAACGUUUUGGAACCUGGAACUGUCUCUCCUGCAGAGAAGAUGAAAGAAAUUCAAUCUGAAAAUUUCUUGGAUUCUGGAUCUUUAUUUUAUGAACCUCCACGCAUUCAGAGCUUGGAAUUUCCAUUUGUUUGCUGUGACAUUGUGUCUAGUGACCUUCAGCAAGCCUAUAGUCCACUGGGUAUCAGGCAGCUGAUGAUGUCCUCAGCUUCCUGCAACUUAUGGGACUCUCCUUCUCGUGAUGAUAGUCCAGAUGGAAUUUUAAAACAUGCUGCCAAAAGUUUUAUAUGUACUCCAUCUAUCAUGAAGAAAAGACAGCGUGAACUAUUGUCUCCUUUGCAGGAAAGGAGAUCUGAUAAGAAAUAUGGUACAGACAUGAACCGAGGGUCAUUUUUUGUGCCUUUAAUGAAGGGGGAUGAAGCAUAUAUUGAAGAUAUGAUAGGAGAAGUUGAUCCUGAGAAUGUUUAUUUGUCUUUAGUAGAUGAUGUUCGUGAUUCUUCAUCUGAUUUGAAGGACAAACAUGUGACGAUUACUAAGCAAAAUGAGAAUCUGGGUGCCAAACUUACUCAAAAGAGUACCUGCAGUAAAUCCUCCAGGGCUAGCAAACUUAAACAGAAUGUAGAGGACUGGAGAUAUGGAACUAAAGUGCCUUCUGAUGUUGAUUCAGAUGCAAAAGAAGCUCAAUGUAAUGCAGUAUUAGCAGAGCGUAUUAGUAGUAAUUUGGAAUCUCUAUCUGCUUGCUCUACCUUUAUUUCCCCUGGUGCAUGUGGAACAAAACAUGCUGAAUGUUCCGUAACGCUUACAUCUUUACAAUAUCCGCCAUCGUCUAAGAAGCCACAAAUUGCUGUUGAGAAGUUUGCUCCAUCCAUUGAUGCUGACCAUGAAAUUUUUAAUAUCUUUGCUGAUACUCCUGGCAUCAAAAAAGGUUUAGACUCUCCUUCAUCAUGGAAGUCGCCCUUGUUCCUUAACUCAUUUCUUGCAGGAGCAGACUUUACAUGCGAGGAUUUCAGAUAUUUUAUGAGCCCUGGUGAAAGAAGCUAUGAUGCUCUUGGUCUUAUGAAGCAAUUGAGUGAGAAAAAUGCUGGUGUGAUAGCGGAGGCUCAAGAGGUAUUAUCUAAUGGUGGCCAAAAGUUGAACUUUGACAAUGUUAAAUCCAAUAAUUCGUCACGAGAGAACGAAGACUCUGCGAAAGAACAGGAAAACCUCAUUCCCAUGCCCUCAAAUAUUGUGGCUGAAGGCCGUGUUCUAGAUUUCACCGGCUGCAACACACCUCUUGAAAAAACCAAAAGCCUUAAAACGAAGCAUGUCUCCAGUCCUUCAAUCAGCAGCCCAACAACCUCUCAUCUUCUUCGAGGUUGCCGAUAACCGCCGGAUUAUUUUUCAAAUUGCAGUAAAUAAUAAUAACCCCACCGGCGGUAACUUCGAGGGGGGAAAAAUGAGAUUUUUGCGAACCCAACCAUUUUUCUACUGCUGAAUUAUAUCAAUCUGCAUAUUGGGUCCUUAAGGGGUAAGAUCUACAUCAAGUUUGAUGUUUAAUGUUGUACUAAAUACAUCAAAGUAAAUUUAUUUUGAUUUUAUCUUCUUUUUAUGGAGCCUUCGUUCACAGCACCACUGAGGUGAAGUGAAACAGUCAUGAAGUAAUUUAAUUUUGAUUUUUAUUUGCUUGUAUUCAAAUUCCUUCAUUUGUUAUCUAUGCAUAAGCUUCAUCAUGAUUCGCA